AUGACAUCAGCUGAGCGUUUCGUAUCCGAGAUCUCAAACUAUUAUUAUGAUCAGCAACAGCAGCAAUCCAAUCCGAGAUCAACUACUACAAGUAAUAAUACACCACAACCAGCGGGGCCAACACCUGCACCACCUGUACCACCAUCAGGAUCUCCUUAUUAUCCAAAUGCCCAAUACAAUGGUCCUGAUUCCGGUCACCAUGGUCCGGUUCGUGCCAUUUCACACAUUGCUUUAUAUUUAAUAACUUUCAAGGCUUACGAAGUUACUCAUCCACACUUCAUUUUGAUAGAAUCACCAUCAUCAUUUAGUUCAUUCAAGGACUUAUUAACCGUCCCUAUCCUUCUCAUAACCUGUGCAAGAAAACUUGCACUCGCAUCUGUGGAAAGCAAAACUUACCUAAUCAUUAGUUCAUCUUGUGGUUUCAACAAUUCAGACUGGAACAAAAAUGAGAAGGAUGGAGAGAAAGUUGAUGACGAUGAAGAGAAGAAUAGUGUUGCUGUGUAUCCCUGGAUGACCCGGGUUCAUUCUACCAAUGGUUAG